CUUCACUGAGGGAUUUGCUGAUAGCCAAGGAUGGCAAGCAAGGGGCCCUCGGCCUCUGCAUCCCCUGAGAACUCCAGUGCAGGGGGACCCAGUGGGAGCAGCAAUGGCAGUGGUGAGAGCGGAGGCCAGGACAGCACCUUCGAGUGCAAUAUAUGCUUGGAUACAGCCAAGGAUGCUGUCAUCAGCCUGUGUGGCCACCUCUUCUGUUGGCCGUGUUUACAUCAGUGGUUGGAGACCAGACCUAACAGACAGGUGUGUCCAGUUUGCAAAGCCGGCAUCAGCAGAGACAAGGUGAUCCCACUGUACGGCAGGGGCAGCACCGGGCAGCAGGACCCCAGAGAGAAGACCCCUCCCCGUCCUCAAGGCCAAAGACCAGAGCCGGAGAAUAGAGGGGGAUUUCAAGGAUUUGGAUUUGGAGAUGGUGGCUUCCAGAUGUCUUUUGGAAUUGGGGCAUUUCCUUUUGGCAUAUUUGCCACAGCAUUUAACAUAAAUGAUGGGCGGCCUCCUCCAGCUGUCCCUGGGACACCCCAGUAUGCAGAUGAGCAGUUCCUGUCACGCCUCUUCCUAUUUGUGGCACUGGUGAUCAUGUUCUGGCUCCUGAUUGCCUAAUGCUGGGCUUCUGUCUGCAUCUACAACUGAAUCUCUGGACUGGUGAUAUGCAACCUUCAAGCCUGUUAUUUGGCUUCUUGGCUAAUUCUGACCAUAGGAGUCAGCAGGGUCAGUAACACUUCAAGGAGUCUAGCUCCACCAUCAGACCUCUGGAACUCAGCGACCAGUUGGAGAGGAACCCCAAGUAUUGCCACUACUGUAAACACCAUUCUGUAACCUCAGGCUCUGGUGAUGUUCUCUGUCUUGAUUGACAGCAUGAAAUCCUAUUUCAGCCAAUUCAGCAGGACUAUACAUGGAAGAGGUGGGAAGAAAUUUUACCUGAGUUUCAUAUCACAAAGAAACAAAUGGUAUUUAUGGAAACUUUCAUCUCUUUAACCACCCCUUGGUAACUGGCCUCUGUAGCCAGUGGGGGCUACUCACACUGAGAGAUUCCCUUCUCAGAUCCUCAGUCCACACUGUCACAUUGUUCUACAUAUUUUAUUUUGCCUCCUAUUGGGUUCUGGCAAGUUU